AUGGUGAAAAUUAUGAUAAUCCUCGCUGUUUGUGUUGCGCUGGCAGUGGCACAUCCACAACGUUACGGAGGCCAUGGCGGCGGUCAAGGUGGCCACAAUAGUCACGGUGGUCGAGGUGGUGGUCAUGGCGGACAACAAGGAGGCUAUGGCGGCGGUCAAGGCGGCUACGGUAGUCACGGUGGUCGUGGUGGUGGCCAUGGUGGACAGCAAGGAGGAUUUGGUGGUAGCUAUCGUGGCGUAGGUGGCGGUGGCAGCCAAGAUGGUCGUGGCGGUCAGGUCAUAUUACUCUAG